CUCAAAGAGUAUAAAAGGCCCCCUGAACAUGUUCCUCUACACACUCACCCUAAGCAAACCCUGACAUCCUUCCAAAUCUGUGAAACUUGAAACCAUGAGCUACUAUGGCAGCUACUAUGGAGGCCUGGGCUAUGGCUAUGGCUCUGGUUAUGGCUGUGGAUGUGGCAGCUACCGUGGCCUAGGCUGUGGCUAUGGCAGUUGUGGCUGUAGAGGCCUGGGCUAUGGUGGCUAUGGCUAUGGAGGCCUGGGCUAUGGUGGCUAUGGCUAUGGCUGCUGCCGCCCAUCUUGCUGUGGAAGGUAUUCUUCCUAUGGCUUCUACUGAA